AGUCUGGCGCUGACGUCACGGCCGCCCGCCCGCCCGCGGCUGCCGGCGGCGCGCGGCCGCGUCUCCGUGGCCUUGACGGAGCGCGGGGGGCGGGGAGCGGGCGGGCCGCGCUGCCGCCGCGCCGCUGCUCCCCUCCGCUGCUCCCCUCCGCUGCUCCCCUCCGCUGCUGCCCUCCGCGCCGCGCCGCUCCGCUCCGCUCCGCCGCGGCGCCGCCACCCACAAAAGCGCGGGGCUGCGCCGAGCCCAGCCCGGCCCCGCCGCGCCGAGCCAAGCCGAGCCGAGCCGAGCCGAGCCGAGCCGAGCCGCGCCGCCUGCCCGGGCCGCCGCCGCCGCUGCCGCUGCGGGGGGCGCUGCGCCGCGCUGCUCCCCGGGUCGCGCUUUUUUUUUUUUUUUUUUUUCCCUUCCCCUCUCUCUUUCUUUCUAUUUCCAAUUUUCGGUCGCAGCUGCAUUUCCCUCCCUCCCCCCGCGGCGAGGAGGAGCCCGCCCGUGCGCCGCGCCGCCCGGGAGCGCUCGGCGGCCGCGAAGUUCUUUGUGCCGCUGCCUCCCGCCGCCGCCGCUUCUUCCUCGGUUUUUUUUUUCCUUUUUUUUUUUUUUUGUUUAAAUGUAUAACUUAAUGGGUCUGAACAGCACGGCCGUAGCUCUUCAGCCCAAUGUGUCCUGCACAUGCAACUGCAAGAGGUCUUUGUUCCAGAGCAUGGAGAUCACGGAGUUGGAGUUUGUACAGAUAAUCAUAAUCGUGGUGGUGAUGAUGGUGAUGGUGGUUGUGAUCACAUGUCUGCUGAACCACUACAAACUCUCUGCACGAUCCUUCAUCAGCCGGCACAGCCAAGGGAGGAGGAGAGAUGAGAAUCUGUCAUCAGAAGGAAGCCUGUGGCCUUCAGAAAGCACAGUGUCGGGGAACGGAAUAACAGAGCAGCAAAUCUACACGCCGAGACCCAGCGACCGGCUCGCGGUGCCAUCCUUUUUGCAGAGGGACCGUUUUAACCGAUUCCAGCCGACGUACCCCUACAUGCAGCACGAGAUCGACCUGCCGCCCACCAUCUCGCUGUCGGACGGCGAGGAGCCGCCGCCGUACCAGGGACCCUGCACGCUGCAGCUGCGAGACCCCGAGCAGCAGAUGGAGCUCAACAGAGAGUCGGUCCGGGCCCCCCCCAACAGAACCAUCUUCGACAGUGACUUGAUAGAUAACUCAGUGUACGGGGGGCCGUGCCCCCCCAGCAGUAACUCUGGCAUCAGCGCGACCUGCUACGGGAGCAAUGGUCGGAUGGAAGGACCGCCGCCGACGUACAGCGAGGUGAUAGGGCACUACCCCGGCUCUACGUUUUACCAGCACCAGCAGAACAACAACGGGAUGCCCUCGAUCUUAGAGGGCAGCAGACUCCAUCAUUCACAAAUCAAUGGCCUUGAGAGCACAACCGCAUGGAACAAAGAUAAAGAGAAACAAAAAGGGCACCCCUUUUAAAAAAAAAAAAGAAAAAAAAAGAAAAAAAGAAUCACGCAAGAAAGUAAAUGAAACACUCUGCACUUCUCGUUAAAAGAAAAAGGAGAGAGAUUGAGAGUUGAGGAAGAUGAGCAAAGAAAAAAAGCCCUUCCCCAUCUCUCCAUGUAUAAAUAUUUACUUGUUAUGUCUGGUCUGAAUGCACAAGCCUACAAAGCUUGCAAAAACAUUUCUUUAUUGAGCUGUGUCUAGACGUUUAAAAAGGAAAAAAAAAAUCAACUGUAGUCCUUUUUUUUUUUUGUUUCUAGUUGAGCUGUGUGUGAAUGCUUUUUUUUGUUUGAUUAUUUCACUUAACUUUAAAGACAAAAUAUUUGCACAAAAAACGUUUUGUUUAAAGAUCUGCAAUAUAAAUAUAUAAAUAUAUAUUAAAAAUAAGAGAAAGUGUAUGUGUAAGGAGCAGGAGUAUUUUUGUAUUAGAAGAGGCCUAUUCAAAAAAAAAAAGUUGUUUUCUGAACUAGAAGAAAAAUGGCAAUUUUUUGAGUGCCAACUCAAAAAGUGUGUAUUACAUUGUAAAAAAACAAAAAACAAAAAAAACAAAAGCAGGGGUUUAGAGUUAUUUAUAUAAAUGUUGAAAUUUUGCACUAUUUUUUAAUAUAAAUAUGUCAGUGCUUGUGUUGGUCAAAGCCUCUAUCAUGUCUACCAUGAAACUGUUAAGGGAUUAUAUGUCAAAGUGAAGAACAAACUAGGUGGAAGUGGGUGGGAAGAGCCUAAAGUUCGAAGGACAGCCCCGUGAGGAGCGGUGUGAGCAAGACUGCGCCUUAUGCAAACCCUAAUUCCCCGAGUGCCCUGAGCGCGGCCGUCCCGGCCGGUGGUGCUUCGGUGGCCCUCGCUGUUUUAUACAUUCCCUACCGAGUAAGAGGAGUCUGUGUGUGUGUCUGUGUGUCAUCAGUUAGGAUUAUUGGAGUAAAAAAGGUGAAAUAAAAAUCACUGCUUCUGAGAGUCAGUAAUGACAGAAGCAAGCAAAAAUUACUUGAUUUUUUUUUUUUUUUUGACAACCUCUAACUUUUUGGAGGGGGGUGGUGGGGAUGAGAAUAAACUUCUGUGUCUGAAGGAACAAAGUGUUUUUUGGUUUCUUUCUUUCUAUGUUAAGCUCAAGGGCCCUAUUUUGAGAUGAAGCGGUGGUUAAGGAGGUUAAUGCGAGUAAGGGUAACGUACCCAUAGCCUGCCUUUCAGAGGGGUUUAAACAUCUCGUUGAAAGUACAAGCUGGAAAGUGUGUUGUUCAUGAAAGUCAUUUUCAUUUUGUAUUAAACUCCAGAACUUUUAUUUGGAAUAAAAGAGCGCGGUCAUGUCUCAUAAAAUCUCUGCAGUUCUCGUAGGCUGCCUCUGGUCGUUGUUAUUUUUUACUUUAUUAUCCUAGCUAAAGAGGCAUAAAAUACAAUAGGUGGAAGUGAAUCUGCUCCUGUGAUGUAUUAAUUAAAGGCUAAAGAAAUACGCUUAAUACUUUAGAAGCAAAACCCCUUUACCUCUCCCGAAGACUUCUUCCUUCCAAGCCGCACGUUCCCGCGCUGAGCAACGUCCUCCCCCCGCCCUUCCCACCCUCCGGAUGUUGUGCGUCGUUAAUUUAUCUUUGUUUCAGAAGCAUUUUGUCUUACUAUGCUAUUGUUUACAUUUUUAUAUUGCGUAGAUGUCUGAUAGGCGUUUUACCCUCGCGGUGAAUUUGUAUGUGACAGAAUGAGCGAGUGAGAAAUUGGAGAGAAAGAGAGAGAGAGAGAAGACAAAAGGGAAGACCUGUUCUCCCAGCGUUGCGUGCGGCUGCCGCCCCCUUCGCCGGGCGCGCAGGGGCCGGUGGGGGAGCCGCAAAGAGCGCAGCUCUUACUAGGAGGUGUCAUUUCGUUUUCUGCCGGAUGCUAUCUAGUAGGGUGACAUAAAUGAAAGAUAUAAAGGCAAUAAAUAUUGUUUUUAAGCAACUUUUCUAUUACUUGAAAAAAAAAUGAGAACAGUUUUGAAGUUCUGACCAUUUGAACAAUAUUUAUAUAUAUUUUAAAGAAGAUGAUGAAUAGCUGAACUUGAAGUUUGAUCAUUGGGUUUUUUUGGUUUUUUUUUUUAUAAUUUUGCCUAGAAAUAGUCCUGUACCUUCUCAAUAUUCAAACUGCUUUUCCACAGCUCUUGAAAUCUCCAUAGCUUUACAGUUGUGUAACCUAAAUUUUGAUGACCUUCAAAAAAAAAAAAAAAAAAAAAGCCACAAAAAAAAAGUCAUGCAAAGGAAUAAAUCUAGUUUGUCAUGAAAGGUACAAAACUGAUGAAUUUAUAGACUUUUUUUUAAAAAAAAUGUAUCUUUCCUUUAUGUAACAUGUCUAUUUAGUGCCUUAUUGAAGAAACAGCAGCCCUCCCUUUUUAAAGAGGGGCACACAGCAUCACCCUUAGUGUCACGAGCGACCAGCGUCCCGUCUCUGGCUCCUUAGGACCUCGCGUUCAGGUUUCCGCUCCCUCGGUCAGCGGCUCGAGCGCUGCCCCCCGCCCCGCCGCGCCGUGCCUCGCCGCGCGGUCCUCCCCUCCUGCCCUCCGGCUCCUGGGACUCUGUAAGGUAACUUGAAUACGUUUAUGCACAUCUCCUACUCGCGGAGGUAGGAACCCGUGGUGGAUAUUGCAAAUGAGAUACCGACCAAAAGACAGACUGAAAUAUAAUAUCUACUGCCCUCUUGAGCCAAAAUGCGUGAAUAGUGGUGUUGGGUUUUAUUUGGGGGUUUCGGGGAGGGGGGACGGGGAGGGGGGUUGUUCUGUGAUUUAAUAGUUUGCUUCAAAAAAACGGUGACCUCAGCAGGUUUUGGGUGGAGCAGGCACCGCCCACCCAAAGCUGGAUGGUAAAUACGGAGGUGUCGGCCGGACUGGAGGUUGUUAAGUGACGGAAUUGUCUUGUCCCGUGGGAGCAGUGUGGCCGCGCGGCCCCUAGGAAGGUCAGAAGGGUGGACUGAAGAGGCACGGCCUCGCGUGGGGGCAGCGGGAGAGGGGCUUAAAAAAGUCGUGCAAUUAAAACUAAGUCUUUGAAGUCCUCAAAAUUUCAACUGAUUCUCUCGUUUUCCCCCGCCAUCAGCUCCCAGCGUGAACUUUAUUUCACCAGCAUCACCCCAAGCCUGUGCAGUUCCUUGGUCAGUUGGUUGAGUUACUGGGUCCGGUUUCAUCCAACUCUUCUCUAGUUGGCAGAAUUCAGCGGGUGGGAAAGGGGGGGUCUCGCUGGCAAGGAGCUUCUAGUGACAGCGGUGCCUUUCCGUCCACGUCGUGUAGAGACACAGACUGAGCUGCUGCCGUCUCCGCUGAUGCUCCCCGUUGGGGGUUUAGCUGCAGCGCGGGCAGAGGCUGCUCAGCCCCAGGCCACCCCGACGGAGCCCAGGUCUCACCUGUCUCUCUGCUUUUUUGAGCCCUCUGCUUUGCAGGCCUGAAAUCUUCCAUAUAUUUCAAAGGCAGAUACCAGUUGGGGCCCAGAUCAACUCUAAAGUUCUGAAUGGGUGUUUAGAAAUAAUGGUCUAUUCUUUUUUUAUUAUUAUUGUUAUUGUUAUUAUUAUUAUUAUUACUAUUUAAUGUUACUUUUUGCCUCGGGGUCCAUUUCUUCCCCACUCCCGUCUCCCAUCGUGCCACCAAGGCGGAGAGAUUGCUUUGCACACGAUUGCUGAUGUACCGACCUGUUUUCUUUUGGCCUUCGUGCGGAUGAUGAGAGUGGUCCUUGCGGUGGGACCGCGGUCCUGCGCCGCGGAGGUCUCUAGGCGCUUUGCAGCUGUCGGCAGAGAGGUUCAGGCCCUGUAGGAGUCACUUAUUUAUAAACACAAGAAAUGAGACAUUGCUAAAGCUUAGCAACCUCUUGUCCUAGCCUGCCUUUUUGCUUGAAGUUUUAAGUCAUGUUAGCUUUAAAAGGGGUGGUUAAUUUUGCAGAUUUUUCUUAUCUUACGGUAUGGCAAGCAACACUCUUAGCAUGCCACCAACACUUAAGUCCUGGAAUGUGAACGUGGCUUUUUCAAUAAGGAUGGCAAGGAAGAAAGAGUUUAUUUGGUUCUGACACUGGUAAAACUACGUCCCCUUCACAACCCUUGAUUUCAGUGGUUUCGAAAUUCAGCUUUACUAAUCCAGUGCAUCGUUUCCAUAAGUGUUACAAAAUUCAUUCCAUCUUAAGUGGGGGUAUAAGGAAAACCAAUUGCUUUCUUGAGAAUCACCCUUUUGUAUGUGUGUAAAACUAUAAAAUUGCACUAACUGCUAUAUUAAAAAUAAAUAAAUAAAAGCCCAACAUUUUUACUAAGGGUUGAAAAAAGACUGAAUCCAGAUGUGUAGCAUUAACAGCGCUUGGCAAGAACAGAAUGAAUUUUUAAUCUCUUCUGUCUCUGUAUAGCUCAGAGAUUUUCUAUGUACAACACAAAGCUACAAAGAAAAAAGUUUUCCAGAAACUGCGCUUCAAAUUUUUGCUGUACUAUAGAAGCUCAUGAAGGACAACAUUAAAGUCCUAAUUUGCCUGCCUUAUAGUCACAUUUCAUUGUAUUAAUAUUUUCUUAAACUUCCGGUUGCAUUGCUUUGGCUUUGGAGUUUGUUAUAGGCAGUCCUGUAUCCUGAGUUCUGUUCGAGUUUAAACUUAUGUAAACUAUUGACAGCACAUGCAAUGCAGUACUUAUCUAUAUUUUGCUGUUUUAGUAUGAAUAUGUACUCUGAUGCCAAUUUACAAAAUCUGUUGUAAACGCUUAUUGUGUAACAGUAACCAAUAGUGGCAAUUAUAUGUCAUUCUAAAAGCUGCAAUACUUAUACAAUAAAUUUUACAAUACUUUGGAAAAUUUGCCUUCACCUUUUGCUUUGUUACCUAAAAUCAGAGUUUGCCAACACAAUGUAAUUUAAAAAGCUCUUCCUAUUUUUUUUUCAAAUAUUGGAAAAUGAAUAUUUGUGUGUUUUUCCCCCCUCCUUUGUUAAACAGCCUUCUGAAUAACAGGCCAACAUGUGUACUGACCCACCGCGUGUUUUCCCGUGAAGCUGUAGCUGAUUCCUGGUGUAUUUGCAUGCUGGAUCUGUGUGUGCGUGUGUGUGUGUACAAUUACAUUUUCUUUUGAGUAGAUUGGGUGUCGCGGCUUUAAUUCCAGAGGAAGCAUUCCUGUUUUGCACCAGUAUAUCCACCACUUGCGAGCCUGCCUUUCAGACAAGAACAUCACUGAUGGUCAGAAGGUCUUAACUCGAAUAAUCGUCAGUCAACGAGAACUGUGUCGAUUGACUUAAAUCCUAAGCACAGAUAAUUUGUGUGACUUUUUUUUUUUUCUUUCUGAGACUGUGGUCAAAUUGCGGUGAUCACAUUAAAAUGAUUGAAAACUUCA